CAACUUAUCUUUCUCUCCACUAUAUAAUAAUGUUGUAGUGGAAAAUGUGCAGAGCAGAAUAAGAAAAUGUUAAAGAUGGGAUUGGGUUCUUGGUGUGCGUUUCUUGUCCUCCUGUACUUUUCUUGGAGUAGUGAAUGUCAUCAAGAGACUAAUGGAGAUCAAUACAGCUCGCAUAUAAGACUUCCAAGUGCUAGCAAAGAAGAUCAUGAGGAUCAUCAUCAUCAUGGCCAUAUGCAUAUGCAUAAUGCUGAUGAUCAUGGUCCAUCAUCAUCAUCAUCAUCAUCAUCCUCACACACUCAUCUUGACCGUUCAACACUACAACAGUCGGUUUUCCUCAACAUCAAUGACAUAAAAGUGGGGUUAACAAAGCCCAUUUAUUUUCAAAAGAAGAAGAAAGCUUCUCCUCCAUUUCUGGGAAGACAAAUAUUAGGAGACCCUAACUCGAUUCCAUUCUCCUCAGAACAACUUCCCAACAUUCUUAGGCUAUUCUCAGUCCCUCAGGGCUCACCACAGGCCAAAGCCAUGGAGUUCACCCUUAAAAUUUGUGAGUCUAACCCCAUAAAAGGAGAGACAAGGAUGUGUGCUACUUCUUUUGACUCCAUGCUUGAGUUCGUACGUGGCAUGUUCGGAUUGGACGGCUUGGGCCACGGGUUCACACAUCUCACAACAACCUUCUACAACUAUUCCAAUACCAUGUACCAAAACUACACCGUUUUGGAGGAUCUGAGAGAGAUAGUAACCCCCAAGAUGGUAGCAUGCCAUCUUAUGGAAUUCCCUUACGCUGUGUAUGUCUGCCACAGCAUCGCCAUGGAAUACAGGAAGCUCUUCAAGGUGUCGUUGAGUGGCCAAAUGGGAGACAGAGUUGAAACCAUUGUCGUUUGUCACAUGGAUACCUCUCUGUGGGAAUCAGAUCAUCCUUCCUUCAAGGCCCUAGGGUUUGGGCCAGGGAUGGGACCUGUCUGUCAUUUCUUCCCUGAUCACACUAAUUUCGUAUGGCUUCCUUCCUCUGUUCAAGUCUAAGCUAUAUGAGCAACAAAUCUUCUAUCUUUAUAUAUUACAGCAAUAAAUCUUAGGGUUUAUAUAUGACCCUUUACUCUAGAAAUAUGAAUCGUAUUACUAUUUGUCAUUUCUUUCUUGUGGUAUUGUUAAGUGUUUGUGUUGUUUCCCUUUUAAUUUCGAUGAAAUAAGACGAUUAAGAGAGGGACAUUGAUGUAGCUUUACUUGUAUGAAGUGAUCUUGGUGUAAAUUUUACUAUUAAAUGUGCUUAAAAU